AUGCGGCGCCCUCCCUCCCUCCUCCCGCCCGCCGGCAGCAUGAGCCCGUCCUUCCUCCUCCUCCUCCUCCUCCUCGCCCUGCCCGCCCGCGCCCGGCGAGAGCAGGUGCCCGGCGGGGCGCAGCGGGGCCGCAACGCCCCUGCGUCUUCCUCCUCCUCCUCCUCUUCCUCCUCCCCGGCGGUGGCGGCGGGGCCGAGCCGCUUCCCGCGGAGCCGCCCGGAUCGGCGGCGGGGCCGGCUGUACUGCCGGGUGGGCAUCGGCUUCCACCUCCAGCUGCACCCCGACGGCCGCGUGGACGGCGCCCACGACGCGAGUCCGCUCAGUAUUUUGGAAAUAUUUGCUGUGUCUCAGGGGAUUGUAGGAAUACGAGGAGUUUUCAGCAACAAAUUUUUAGCGAUGUCAAAAAAAGGAAAACUCCAUGCAAGUGCUCGCUUCACGGUGGACUGCCAUUUCCGGGAGCGCUUCCAGGAGAACAGCUACAACACCUACGCCUCGGCCGUGCACCGCAGCCCCCGCUCGGGCCGCCAGUGGUACGUGGCGCUCAACAAGCGGGGCAAAGCCAAGCGCGGCUGCAGCCCCCGCGCCCGGCCCCAGCACGUCUCCACGCACUUCCUGCCCCGCUUCGGGCAGCCGCAGCCCCCCGAGCUCGCCUUCACCGUGGCCCUGCCCGAGAAGAAGCCCCCGCCGCCCAAGCCCAAGGCCGCCCCAUCCCCGCCGCGCAAGAGCCCCGGCCCGGCCAGGUACCGGCUCAAGUUCCGCUUUGGGUAG